AUGGCAACUUUUGUCACUGGGCCUCAUAUUCCACAGCCCUUACCCUGGACAGUUGCCGUAGACAACUUGACGAUGGUUGAUAAAGUGCCGCCCGAAAUGUUACACCUCGUCGAUACGUACUGGCACCAGUUUCCACCAUUGGACACGAAAUGGCAUACAGCGUUGGCCUCUACUAUGGGUCUUUUGGCGUUCAUUGCCAUCGUGGGCAAUAGCUGCGUGAUCCUCGUAUUCUCCACCACCAAAAGUCUACGCACGCCCUCCAACCUAAUGGUGAUCAAUCUGUCGUUUGCCGAUUUCAUGAUGAUGUUCACGAUGGCUCCGCCGGUCAUCGUCAAUUCGUACUACGGGACGUGGAUAUUCGGUGCCCUGUGGUGUGAAGUGUACGGAAUGCUCGGAUCAUUGUCCGGGUGCGUUUCCAUCUGGAGCAUGACCAUGAUCGCGUACGAACGCUACAACGUCAUCGUCAACGGUCUAUCGGCCAAACCACUCACCUACCAAGGAUCUGUGGGGCGGAUUCUUUUAGUAUGGGCCAAUUCAUUGGUGUGGACUUUAGCCCCACUGUUCGGAUGGAAUCGGUAUGUUCCGGAAGGAAAUAUGAGCGCCUGUGGGACGGACUAUCUUUCGAAGGAUUGGAUCAGUGUUUCCUACAUCUACGCAUACUCGGCCUUCGUUUACUGGCUACCGUUGUUUCUUAUCAUCUACUACUACACUUACAUUUUGAAGGUUGUAUCCGAACACGAAAGAAUCAUGCGAGAGCAGGCGAGAAAAAUGAACGUUGUGUCCCUUCGCUCGGCGGACCAUUCUGGGGGGCGGAAUGCAGAAAUCCAGCUGGCGAAAAUCGCACUCGUUACCAUUUCGCUGUGGUUUAUGGCCUGGACCCCAUACCUGGUAAUUAACUACGUAGGUAUCUUUGGCACCGGGUCCAUAAGCCCUCUUCAAACGACCUGGGGAUCGCUGUUCGCCAAAGCUAACGCCGUCUACAACCCGAUCGUGUACGGCAUCAGCCAUCCGAAAUAUAAGGCAGCUCUUCGGCAACGUUUUCCGUGGUUGACCUACCGCAAGGAUAAAAUGGACCAAACGUCGAUUGUUUCAAACGCUACGGCUAUUGAUCAGUGCGAAACACGAACCUAA